AUCGGUGGCUCCGCGGGUUUUCCGGGCAGCGGGUGGCUCCGCGGGCUGCGCGGGGCUGCGCGGAGCAUGUCGGCGCUGCGGCGCAAGCUGGGCGAUGAGUACCAGGUGGUGAGCACCUCGGCCAGCGGCGGAGGCCUCCCGCCCCCGCGCAGUGCCCCGCGCGGGAAGCGCCAGCGCUUCGUGGACAAGAACGGGCGCUGCAACGUGCAGCACGGCAACCUGGGCGGCGAGACCAGCCGCUACCUGUCCGACCUCUUCACCACGCUGGUGGACCUCAAGUGGCGCUGGAACCUCUUCAUCUUCAUCCUCACCUACACCGUGGCCUGGCUCUUCAUGGCCUCCAUGUGGUGGGUGAUCGCCUACAUGCGCGGGGACCUCAACAAGGCGCACGACGACAGCUACACGCCGUGCGUGGCCAACGUCUACAACUUCCCCUCCGCCUUCCUCUUCUUCAUCGAGACCGAGGCCACCAUCGGCUACGGCUACCGCUACAUCACCGACAAGUGCCCCGAGGGCAUCAUCCUCUUCCUCUUCCAGUCCAUCCUGGGCUCCAUCGUGGACGCCUUCCUGAUCGGCUGCAUGUUCAUCAAGAUGUCGCAGCCCAAGAAGAGGGCCGAGACGCUGAUGUUCAGCGAGCACGCCGCCAUCUCCAUGCGCGACGGCAAGCUCACGCUCAUGUUCCGCGUGGGCAACCUCCGCAACAGCCACAUGGUGUCCGCCCAGAUCCGCUGCAAGCUGCUCAAGUCCCGCCAGACUCCGGAGGGAGAAUUCCUGCCCCUGGAUCAGCUGGAGCUGGACGUGGGCUUCAGCACGGGGGCUGACCAGCUCUUCCUGGUGUCCCCCCUGACCAUCUGCCACGUCAUCGACUCCAAGAGCCCCUUCUACGACCUGUCCCAGCGGAGCAUGCACACCGAGCAGUUCGAGAUCGUCGUCAUCCUCGAGGGCAUCGUCGAGACCACGGGGAUGACGUGCCAAGCCAGGACAUCCUACACGGAGGACGAGGUGCUCUGGGGCCAUCGCUUCUUCCCGGUGAUCUCCUUGGAGGAAGGGUUCUUCAAAGUGGAUUAUUCCCAGUUCCACGCCACGUUCGAGGUGCCCACCCCGCCCUACAGCGUGAAGGAGCAGGAGGAGAUGCUCCUCAUGUCCUCGCCCCUGAUCCCGCCCGCCGUCAGCAACAGCAAGGAGAGGAACAACUCCGUGGAGUGCCUGGAUGGGCUCGACGAGGUGGGCACAAAGCUGCCCUCAAAACUGCAGAAAAUCACCGGGAGGGACGACUUCCCAAAAAAACUGCUCAGGAUGAGCUCCACCACCUCGGAGAAGGCCUACAGCAUGGGCGAUCUGCCCAUGAAACUCCAGCGCAUCAGCUCGGUGCCCGGCAACUCCGAGGAGAAACUGGGCUCCAAGACCACGAAGAUGAUGUCGGAUCCCAUGAGCCAGUCGGUGGCAGAGCUGCCCCCCAAGCUGCAGAAGCUCUCGGGGGGCGGGGGCAGGAUGGAGGGGAACCUCCCGCCCAAACUGCGCAAAAUGAAUUCCGACCGCUUCACAUAACGCGGCUGGCACCGCCAGGAGGGCAGCGGGGGCUGCCGGGGGGCUCGGGGCCGCCCAGGAGCCGGGGUGGGCUCGGGGGGGCCGGGGUGGGCUCGGGGGAGCCGGGGUGGGCUCGGCGCUCCAGGAGGCGGGAGCGUCCCGCGGGAUUCUGAGCGAGGGCCGCGUCCUCGGCAUGUAGGACCCCAGCGCAUGCAAUAAUCGUGUGCAAUCUCUGCAUCUAGUCCGUGGCAUGACUCCUCUGUAUUUAUACUCUGUACCCCGAAAAACACGCAGAGGGGCCUUCCUGCCCCCGCAUUCCCGAGGGAGUAGGGACAACACGGAGCGGGGAACUUGCAGGGUAAGCGGAACUCGAGUUGAAAGCGUUUGGGUUUUGGUUUUUUGUUUUUUUUUUUUCCCUGCCGUGGGUCAUGAUUUGCUCACUCAACUUGUUUGCUGCAUGUGGUUUUUUUUUUUCCUCCAAGGAGGUGUUUUAGUUCACCCCUCACAUCGAAUCUGCUCGCCUUAAAUCCACUGCUGGUUUCUAGUUUGCUUUCAGGUUGGUUUUUUUUUGGGGGGGGGAGUUGUUCCCUGUGUCAAAGCCACCAGGAAAAAUACCGGGGAGAAAAAAUAAAUAUCUGUGUUUCAUCAGGCUUUGUUUAGAAAAGAAACUUGUGUUCUCUAAGCCUGGCGCAAAAAGUGAUAAAUAAAUGACUCAAGUUCA